AUGCGGUCCCAGGACGGCGCCGGGGAGCCCAGCGAACUGGCGGAGCCCGCCGAGGGGGCCGAGCCCGGGCUGGUGCUGACUGUCGAGGCGGCCCCGGGCGCGGGCGAGGAGCCGUCGGCCGCGGAGGCUGAGGAGACGGCCGGCGGCGACGGCAGGUGCUGGCUGUGCCGUUCCUCGCCGUGCUGUUCGCGCGCGGAGCCGGAAGCCAAGAAGAAAGCACCCUGUCCUGGACUUGGCUUGUUUUACACAUUAUUAUCUGCCUUCCUUUUCUCAGUGGGCUCUUUAUUUGUUAAAAAAGUGCAAGACGUCCAUGCUGUAGAACUUAGUGCAUUUCGAUGUGUGUUCCAAAUGCUAGUUAUUAUCCCUUGCUUAAUAUACAGAAAAACUGGGUUUAUAGGCCCAAAAGAUCAACGCAUUUUCCUCGUUCUCAGAGGACUCCUUGGUUCUUCCGCCAUGAUCCUAUUAUACUAUGCUUACAAGACAACGUCCCUCGCCGAUGCCACAGUUAUCACGUUUAGCUGCCCCAUGUUCACGGCUUUGUUUGCGUGGAUAUUUCUCAAGGAAAAAUAUAGCCUGUGGGAUGCUUUUUUCACCUUUUUCACGAUCGUUGGAGUGAUUCUUAUCGUGAGACCACCAUUUCUGUUUGGCUCCAACACUUCUGGGACAGAAGGAAACUAUACAGUCCGUCUUUUGGGCACAUUAGCAGCGGUUGCAAGUGCUGUGUUCGCUGCCAUGACUCUAGUUAUCCUCAGGAAAAUGGGAAAAUCUGUGGACUACUUUUUGAGCAUCUGGUAUUACGUAAUCAUUGGCCUCGUGGAAAGUGUCAUUGUCCUCUUCGUGAUAGGAGGGUGGAGUCUGCCCCCCUGUGGGAUAGACAGACUUUUUCUCAUCCUCAUUGGGCUCUUUGGUUUGGGGGGUCAGAUAUUUCUCACAAAAGCAGUUCAGAUAGAAAAGGCAGGGCCUGUAGCAAUAAUGAGGACAAUGGAUGUGGUAUUUGCUUUCAUCUUUCAGAUCAUUUUCUUUAAUGAUAUGCCAUCAUGGUGGACAGUGGGUGGUGCUUUCUGUGUGGUAGCCAGUAGUGUUGGAGCAGCCACUCGGAAAUGGAUCCAGAAUUCCAAAUGAAACACCAUUGCUGAUUUUGUUUUAAAACUAUCACCCAUUUCAGACACGACAGCAUACACACACACCCACAACUUGAAAAUCUGCAUUUAUUAAUUGACUUUUAUCCAAUAAAUUUUGUAAAUUAA